CUCUCGCCCCGCCCUCCCAUCCAGACCGUGACGUCAAGGGGCCAGCUACGGAGCGUGGAACGCGGAGUCCACGUUUCCUAGGCAACGCUGGUGGGGCUAGAGACGUCUUCGUGUGCUCUUACGUCAUGACGCUACUGUUCGUCCCGCGUUCCGGAGCCCGGUGCUUGGCCAAUCCAAGGGGAGAGUGAUACCUAUUGAGUGCUGUGUGUCAUAUUUCUACUGGCCUUACAAGACUAAUUUUGUAGAUGAGAAACUGAGUUAUAAUAUUUACGGAGUCCUUCUGGUCACACGGCGUUGAAGUGGCUUCGAGCCAAUUCCCUCGGACUACCCUAGGCCGCAGCCUCAGGCCCCAGGUUCCUCCCUCCCCAUCUGAAACAGCCCUGGACCCCUUCCUGCCCGGUGCCAAGGGAGUUUUGACGGACGGCCCAGAAGAGUCUCCGGCUUUGUUGCUCAGAGAGGUAACAAGCAGGGAAGGACCUAAUCGAGCCGACAGGAAUCUGCACGCAAAUUCCCUAACAGUAUGCGCUCGUGCGCACGCGCGGCACGCACAUGGGCGGGGCCUCGAUCUCAGGUCCCGCCCAGCGGUCAUGCAUUUCCUCUUCCGUUGAAAGGCGGGACCGGGCGCCCGCGGGAAACCUGGGUGAGCGGUGCUCCGUUAAAUUCAGCUGCGGGGAUGGCGAGGUUGAGGAGCGUGGUCCUGCGGCCGUGGAUUCGAGAGCUGGUCCUGGGCUUAGAGCGACUCUCAAGUCCACGGGCCGGGCAGCUGCUUCAGGUGCUGCAGGAGGCAGAAGCCGAGGCCCCAGGCCCGUCCUGCGCCCCUGACACGUCUGAUGUCGGGGCCGCGCUGCUUGUGUCCGACGGGACCCACAGCGUCCGGUGCCUGGUGACGCGGGAAACUCUGGACGCCUCGGACUGGGAAGAGAAGGAGUUUGGUUUCCGAGGAGCUGAAGGCCGGCUGCUGCUGCUGCAAGACUGCGAGGUCCGAGUCCAAGUGGCAGAGGGCAGCGCGCCCGCGGAGUUCUACCUGCAGGUGCACCGCUUCAGCCUAAUGCCCACGGAGCAGCCCCGGGAUUGGGUGAUUGGUUGCAACCAGGACCCAGAUGUGCAGAAGAAGCUCAAAGACUGCCUCGAGGAGCACCUUUCAGAGUCGGCCUCCUCCAAUGCAGGCCUUUCACUGACCCAGCUUCUGGAUGAGGUGCAGGGAGAAGAGGAGCAUCAGGGGGCACUAGUGCGCCUGGCUGAGAGCUGUCUGAUGCUGUCAGGCCCUUGCACAGCACCCCCGCUCACCCGCUGGGCCACCUCAAGCCACUUGGCCAUGGGAGAAGCUGUGUACACUGUCCCCAGCCUAUGGCUACACAUCUCUGAGGAUGACCAGCAAGUCCUGAACUCUCUGGGCGCAGGUCAGAGGACACAGGGCCCUGAGCUGCCCCCACCAGACCCCGCUCUUCAGGACCUGUCGCUGACCCUGUCCUCCUCGCUUUCCUCACUCAGUUCCUCAGGAAACCCUGCCUUAUGCAGCCACAUGUCAUCACAGGAAAGCGGUGCCAGCGUCAGCCUUCUGCCUGCCCUGUCCUUGGCUGCUCCAGACACAGGGCAGAAGGGCAGCUCCCAGUCCCAGCCAGCCAUCUGCUCAACCCCCCACCCCCUGCCCCCUAGCUCCCCGCAGCCCAGCCAUAUAACCAACUCCCCACUCCUGAGUAGUACCCCAAGUCUGUCACCUCUUGGUCACAUCCCCAAUUCACAUCAGGCCGAUGUGACCAGGCCCCAGCCCCAGAAACCUAGACUGGAGUUCAAGGAACUAGGGUUGCCCCCCAAGAACUGGCAGCAUUCUCCAAGGAUAAGAACCACCGAGGGAGUCCUGGAGUCCAGUCCUGUCUGGGACCCACCAAAGAAGCAUCGUGAUGGUUCCGCCUUCCAAUAUAAGUACGCUCCACCCUGCACGUCCCUCUGUGCCCAGGUCCAAGCUGCCAGGCUCCCUCCCCAGCUCCUGGCCUGGGCCUUGCAUUUUCUGAUGGAGCCACAGCCGGAAUCCGAGCAAACCCAGGUGUGAGGGGUCAUGUGACCACGUAGGAGAAUGUGUGCAUAUAGGUCUAUGCCUCUGGGUGGACAAACAGUGCUCCACACUCUGCUUUGAGUUUUUUAAUAAAAUAAUCUCAUGCGGCAGGAAAGGA